GCAUGGCUUCCACGGAAAGGCAGCGGUACGUGUACAAAACCGCAGAGCCUAACGAGCAGAACUGUUGUCAAGUCGGUGGCAAACAUGUUACCAAGCUUCGGCCUACGUUUGCCCGUAAUAGUUUAAAUCCGCUUGGCAUCUGCAUGAACAGCGGCACAGCAGAAUAAGUAUGCUCGUCUGCCUACUCUUGUCAACCAACUCGAUUACUACCAUCCAAAUUUCAUCCGCCACCAUGGAGCCAAUUUACUCGCGCGAUGAGUGCAUCGCCGCGAUUCGCGACUUCUAUGACUUCUUGGGAAGAUGUUCUUGGAUGUGCCCUCGUCCAUCAUCUACCCACCUCCCGGCGGUUGGCCCAACAUGAUUCCCGAAGUCAUGGAUUGUCUGGGCAAAAACGCAGAAGUCAUAAGUUUGCUGCGUCAUCUGCCAUUCCCUGAUGACCAACCUUACACAGCGCGGCCACACUGUUUGCCUGGCUGCCGGUUCCAGGCCUGGAAGACUUCGGUGGACAAGCUGAAGGAGGAGGAGGCAGAUAGAGAAGAUUUGCUACUUGCAACGGAGAGUAAAGAAUACCAGUUUGGCGGCAAGAUUCCUAAAUAUUGCGUGGAUCUUACACACGCUCUCAAUAUCAGCGAAUACGUAAUGCUGUUGGACAUCAGAACCGGGCUGGUAUAUUGGAUGGGCUGCCCAGAGGAAAUUUUGGAGGCGUGUGAUCCUCAGCCAUCACGUCUGGUGUAUCCUUUGGAGGGCGAAGCAGAGGCGGACAAAGACAGAAGCGUCGUUGUUGCAGAGGGGGAAGAGGAUGAUACCGAAACUUCAGACGACAACAGGGAACACGAAACGCCUCCGACAUCCGACGACGAGAACGACGACGAAGACGAUGAGCCCGAUGAUUCCGAGGACGAUGGUGAGUCGGAAGACGUGGAAUGGGGACCCUGCUGGCCGGUCCGCCACUUCUUCGCCAUGUUGAAGAACCACUUCAUCAAGCUGAACUUCAUUCCCUAUAGUAGUCAGCGCGUCAUUCAAAUCUGGACCGAGCGAUACACUGACCAUGAAAAAAUCCCUGAAGGUGUUCCGGAGUUUCUACAGUCCAUUUAUCACAAACAUGGGUGGCCUAAUCUGGAGGUCUAUCAAAAAGAAGCGUGUUUGGCAGAGCUCAAGGACGCGACGGGAACUGAAGGUACCAAAUACUACAACCUUGAUCAGUACUACCAGAACCGUGAGCACUAAAUGAAGAGUUGGGAAUUGGAGGGACCGAAUAAUGCAGUAUUGGUCAAUAUUAUCCAAAUCGUUAAGCAGACUUGAGCGAUCAGAUAGCCUAACAGCAACAUAUCGGCAGUAGAAGAAGUGCCAACGGAGCUGUUACAUCGCUGAAAUUUAUUCAUUUAAUUCGCCAUUCCUGCAUCUACAUUGCCUGACAUGCGCUGUGAUUGAACCUUUGCGAAGCAUCUUCAGUUCAAACUUCAUUGUAUGGUCUGAGAUCCUGAGGCCGAAGGCAUUCCUCGUGCGGGAUGUUGUGGUAAGGUUGUCAUUUGUUACUGCGUGAGCAGUCGGUCGGAGGCUGUGGUCAAUGAUUGUAUUGCUAUCUGUUGUUGUUCGGUGAUGUUUCUUGUACAGGAGCUCUCCGCUCAGAGGUAAGUGCACUUGCCCACUGGGCAGUGCCUUCUACAAUAGGAUAUCAUGUGACUUCAGCCACG